UGCAAAAUACUUAGUAGCACAACAAACAUGACUAGUGCAGCAACAUCUUUUCAUUCUUGUUUAUGCUUCUCUGUUCAGAAAUUAUCAGCAUCACCGUCGUCGUCGUCAUGUUCAGAUCAACAAAUGAGUCUUUUAUCACCAACAAAACCAAAAUCAAUUCUUCAAAAAAACCCACUUUAUCAACCAACUCACAAGAACAUCUCAUUGCAAUUCAAGGAGAAAAUCUUAUGCUUAGAAAUAAUGGGUGUUGAUUCAGGGAAAGCACUCUCCCAAAACCCCUGUCUUCACACCGCUUCUUUACACGCAAUUCAUGAUAUCAUCACUUUCCUUCAAUCCAAAGGACUUUACCAGAAAGACUUCGCGAGAAUCUUCGGGAUGUGUCCAACAAUUUUAACCUCAGAUAUCAGAUCUGAACUCAACCCAGUUUUCAAUUUCCUCUCAAAAGACUUGAGAGUCCCUGAAGACUAUUUCAGAAAGGUGAUCAACAAAUGUCCAAGAUUGCUCAUAUGUAGUGUUAAAGAUCAGCUUAAACCAACUCUAUUUUAUCUUCAAAGACUUGGAUUCACAGAUGUACAUCAUUUAGCUUAUCAAGAUCCAAUAUUACUCGUUUCUAGUGUCGAAAAUACGUUAAUACCAAAGCUUCAUUAUUUGGUAAGCUUAGGAUUUACAAGAAGGGAAGCUGUAGAAAUGACUUUGAGGUGUCCAGGACUAUUCACUUUCAGCAUUCAGAAUAAUUUCAAGCCAAAAUUUGAUUACUUUUCACAAGAAAUGGAAGGUGAAUUGGAUGAAUUGAAAGAUUUUCCUCAGUACUUUGCGUUUAGUUUGGAUAAAAGAAUAAAGCCAAGGCAUAUUCAACUUGUAGACAAUGGAGUUACAAUUCCAUUGUCAUUAAUGCUCAAGACUACUGAUGAAGAGUUCAAUCACUUGAUAAGCCAAAAAACUGGAUAGACUAAAUUUCUGAAAAUAAUUAGUCUUUUUUUUUUCUUUUUUAUUUGUAAAUUCUUUGCUUUGCUAUUCUAAUGUAUUUUCUAACUCUUCAA